CGUCAAAUACAUGCUGCCUGGAACAGGAGCAACAACAAACCGUUUGCAUUAGCUAAACGUUAACAUUGCGUUUACAUUUCUUAUUUUUCUGUGUUGGUACCGUUGCUUGUUGCUGGCAGAAAUGUCCGGAAAGGCCAAGGAUAUCCUACAGAUGGACCUGUAUGGUUUACUCGGCAUUGAAAUCACUGCAACAUCGAAAGAGAUCAAGAAAGCUUAUCGACAGAAAGCCUUGACAUGCCAUCCAGACAAGAACCCAGACAACCCGAAAGCAGUGGAGCUCUUCCACCAGUUGUCCCAGGCUCUCGAGAUUCUAACUGAUGCUGCUGCCAAGGCUGCCUAUGACAAGAUCUGUGCUGCCAAGAAACAAGCAGAAGAAAGAAACAGGAAGCUCGAUGAUAAGAGGAAGAAAAUUAAGCUUGACUUGGAGACCAGAGAGCAACAAGCAGAAGCUCGGAGCCAGGAGGAGGUGCAAAUCACAAGAACACUUGAAGAAGAGAUAGCCCGUUUGAGAGAGGAAGGCUCCAGGCAGCUUGAGGAGGAACAGAGGCUCAUCAGAGAGCAGAUCAGGAGAGAAAAGGAAGAACAGCAGCAGCAAGGAGGAGGCUACACUCAGAGAAACUCAGGAGUGGAGAGAUGUUCCAAAAGCAAUGUGACCCCCAAAUUGAAGUUAAAGUGGAAGUGUAAAAAAGAUGACAAGACGAACGGCGGCUACUCUCAAGACCUUCUGCUCAGACUUCUACAAAAGUAUGGGGAUGUUUCAAAUGUGAUUGUAUCGGGUAAGAAGAGAGGAAGCGCUGUGGUCGAGUUUGCAACAGUGAGAGCAGCUGAGCUGGCAGCUAAGAAUGAAAGCGGCCUGAGUGGAAACCCUUUAAAGAUUUCAUGGCUUGAAGGACAGCCUGAGGUUAUAGCUCCAGCAUCUCAGCCGGGCCUGUUCAUGUCUUCACAGGGCUCCCUGUCCAACGAGCGUGACUAUGAGAGUGUGGUGAUGAUGAAGAUGAGGCAGGCUGCUGAGCGGCAGAAGCUCAUAGAACAAUUGCAGAGAGAAGACGACGAGGACGCUGCCGGCUCGUAACACAGCAGUCCGGUACCAGCCUUCAACUAAUGAAUAGAUACCCGUUUCAGGCUUUAGUUUCAUAAAGCCUCUUGCGGUUUGUUCUUAUUUGUAUGUGUUACAGUGUUGGGCAAAAUAAAUAUUUUUUUUUAUAAGGAAAAAGAAACUUUUUUUUUUUUCUUCAAAUCUGUGGUUUUAAUCAGCGCGU